AGGUAGAAGAAAAUUAUUAUAUGGUGAACAUCUCUUAAUAUUGUGAUCAGUCUGUGUUUCGGUUUGUGAUAUUUAUUUAAUGCAGUUACUUAGUCUAGCACAACAAAGCCAUAAAUAAUGUAUUAUUUUAUUUUAAUUUUUUGCCAUGUUGCUUUCGUUUUCGCCCAAUAUGAAGUGCCAGAAGCUACAGUGGAAGCAUAUCACCCUAAGGGAUUUUCAGUAUCAAUUCCAGAUGAAGAUGGAAUCAAACUGUUCGCUUUUCAUGGUAGGAUUAAUCAGGAAAUGGACGGCAGAGAAGCAGGAUUUUUUUCGAAAGAUAUCCUUCGACCUGUUAAUGGUAUGUGGACAUUUAGUGACAGAUCAACAAGGUUAAGAGUGGGCGAUAAGAUAUAUUAUUGGACAUAUGUGGAAUUAUUUGACGGAUAUGAAAAAAGAGGUUAUCCUAAAGACGACCAAGUGUUUACAGUUACAAACUUGAUUAAAAAACCACCAGGUAAAGAUAAAAACAAAGACACCGGCGAAAGCAGACCUAGUGUCAUCACUGAACCUACGACAACAACGACUACAACGACUACAACGACAACUACUACAACACCCAGUCCAACACCAGGUUCUACUGGCAAUAUUUGCGAUCCAACUAUAACUGUUAUUAAUAAUGGACAAAAUACAUGCAAAGGAAAACUUAUAUUUUCUGAAUCAUUUAAUACAAAAAUUAAAAGCACCUCUUGGACUUUCGAAAAUAAAUUUGCUGGACUGCCAGAUUACGAAUUCGUAUUAUACACUCCCAGAUCCGAUAUAGCCUUUAUACAAGACAAAGCCUUAGUUAUUAAACCAGCAUUGAUGGACAAUAUUUAUGGGCCCAAUUUUGUUGAAGAGCCCCUAGACUUAGGAGCCGGUUGUACUGGAGUAUUAGGUACCCUAGAUUGUCAUGUAAGACCCGAUGCUGGAUUUAUUCUACCACCAGUAGUUUCGGCUAAGAUAACAACAAAAGGGAAAUUUUCGUUUAAGUAUGGGAAAAUUGAGAUCAGGGCUAAAUUACCCAAAGGAGAUUGGUUAUAUCCAAUAUUAACUCUAAAUCCCGUGAAAGACGAAUACGGUCCUGGAUAUGACUCUGGUCAAAUCACAAUAGCUUUUAGUCCAGGAAACGCUGUCUUAAGUCACGACGUAUAUGGUGGAAUAGUCAUAAGUGGUUCUCCUGUUGGUAGAAAGUAUGGACUCAAAUCUGUAUCCAGAAGUUCUUCAUGGUAUAGUUCGUAUUUCAGAUAUGCAGUCACCUGGAAUGAAGAUGGCAUAAGUUUAUCGGUUAAUGACAGGAUAUAUGGAACAAUCUUUCCUCCAUCCGGUGGAUUCAUAACUUUAGCAAAGGCUUUAAAUAUCAAGAAUGCUGAUCGAUGGAAGACAGGAUCGUUAUUUGCUCCUUUCGAUAAAGAAAUGUUUAUAUCAGUCGGUGUUGGAGCAGGUGGAUUAAAUUUUGAAGAUAGAAUCGACGGAUCUAAACCAUGGAAAAACUAUGAACGUUUAAGUUUCAAGAAAUUUUAUCAGGCACAACAAAACUGGAGUAGUACAUGGGAUGAAGACAGUCGACUAUCCGUUACAUCUAUUAAAGUAUGGGCAUUAUAAUCGGUUAACUUUGGAAACAAAAAUUGGAAAAAAUUUGAUGCUUGAGGAAAAAAAUUGUUUUCCUAUAUUUUUUUUAGCCUAUAAAAAAAGAUGGUUUUCAUAAGCAAUUUAUUUGCAAUUAGUAAAUUGUCAUGCUUAUAUGCUUUUAUGAUAUAUACAAUGCUAUAAAAGAAGAAAAUUAAUAGUUGUAUAAUGAAAUUAUUAGUCAUCUAUAAAGAGAUCGUAUUAUAUAAAAUAUAAUAGGUUUUGUGAUAAUACAAAAAAAGCAAAUAAAUCCUGUUUU